GUCGGAAGUCUUUGUGGUGGAUUUAGUUAUAAACUGUAGGUUAUGUUUGCAUGUUAGUGAAAAUUUUCUCGUUAUAUUUAUUUAUGAUAUCUCGACUAUUAUUUAGCUCAGAUCAUGGUGGAAAACUCUCCGUCUCCUCUGCCUGAGAGAGCCAUCUAUGGCUUUGUGCUCUUCCUGGGGUCACAGUUUGGUUUCUUUUUGUACUGCCUGUGGGCGUAUGUACCAGAGGAAUGGCUUCAUUCAGUAGGACUCACCUACUGGCCUCAGAAGUAUUGGGCUCUUGCGAUGCCAAUCUACCUCCUGGUUGCACUAAUGGUGUCUUUGGUUGUGUUGUUCGGCAUUAACAUGAACAACACAGCUCCACUGGACUCUGUGGACAACGUCACAGAUGUAUUUGCACAAGGUCAGAGGUCAGACUGCCACAGGAAGGGUGGAAUACCCCGACUGGAGGACGUCUCCAUCAGUGAAGUCAACAAAAUGUUCUAUUUAUCCUCUGAGACGUGACAAACAGAGUAACUGAGCAGUGGGCGGGUUAAGAUUCACCGCGCCGUCGCUGUUUAGUUCAUUUGAUUGUAGUUAUAUAACAACAGUUAAAUAAUUGUUACAAUAUUAAAUCCUCAGGUUUUUAUUUAUUUUACUUUCUUUACUGGUCAACGUGUCUCUUAAAUGCAAAGUUUUAUGCAACAAUUAUUGUUUUUGUAAAGCUCUAAAUAAAGAAUGGCUGUAAAUAUGUAAUAAAUAUAAUUCUUUUAAAGCAUUUCUAACAUGAGAAUGCACCAAUUUGUGUUGGAGAUGUUAACAAAGUAACAAGUAAAUAAUACUUUUGUAAAUAAUUACUUUGUUAAAUUGAUGGAAUAAAUCUAAAUGGAAGUAUCAAUGAUAAUGCACAUUUUAUUGAAAACCUACAUAAAUGUUACAUUUGUCUUAAAACAAUAAAGGAUAAUAACUGUUGUGUUUGUGCAGAAGGAAGAAAGAUCAUUCUCAGUUUGUCAAAUUUUAUUUAUUUUGUAACAACUGAUUUAUAUCACUGAAAGUCUCCAUUGUUGUAUGUUUCAGUCUUUUAUGUAUUUUAUUGUUAUCAGUAUCUGGAUUUUGAUUAAACGUUAAUACCAAUUUCCUAGAUCAGAAAAAAACCUUUAAACACAGAAUAAAAAAUUUAUUAAAUAGAUUUUUUUUUCAGAAUGGAAUGAGCUGGGUUUUGUUUCAUUGGAUAUUGUUUUUAUGAAGUUACAUUAUCUACAACUUCUGAACUUACUGGAAACAUUAAAUUUUUUUAUUAACUUUUA